AAUUACUAGAGGUUACUAUCUUUCUUGCUCUUUCUUCACUCAUUUGGCUUCAUCUACUGCUCUGCUACUCCUUUGUUGUGCUUCCAACUUGCUGUAUUAGGGAGCCCCACUUCUCAUUAAUUUACAGCCCUUAGUUACAGGUGGUGUUUGAUGAUUUGCUUCUUAAUCCGACACAGAAAUUUGAUUAUUUUUGGUUUAUCUUAUGAAAUGCAUUGCUUCAAAGUGUAAAUAUAAGAAACUUUUGAAAUGGGUAUAGGUUAUUUGAGUUUGUACUUGAUUAUUUCCAUGUUAUGGAGCUUUUGCAUAUUGGGUACCCAUCAAUUGCAAUCUUCACAAACUGAAGUGCUUCUUCAGUUGAGAAAACAUUUAGAGUACCCAGUUGAACUGGAAGUGUGGAACAAUGAUAAAGAUAAUAUAUGCUUUAUAUCUUCUUCUACCAAAAUGAAUUCAGUUACUUGUGAGGCAGAUGUUGUUACUGAGCUAAAGAUUAUGGGUGGUAAACCUUCCAAAAGUGGCAUGUUUUCUGGGUAUGCAAUUCCAAAUUUAACUUUAUCAGAGAGUUUUUCUAUGGAUUCCUUUGUUGCAACUCUGGCAAGGCUAACAAGCUUAAAAGCUCUUACAUUGGUGUCUUUGGGUAUUUGGGGCCCACUUCCUGAUAAGAUAAACAGGCUAUCUUCCCUGGAGUUUCUUGACCUAAGUUCAAAUUUUUUUUAUGGUUCUGUUCCACCAAAACUUGCAACAAUGGUGAAGCUCCAAUCACUUAGACUUGAUGACAACUUCUUCAAUGGAAGCGUGCCGGAUUGGUUCAGCUCCCUAUCCAACCUUUCAAUCUUAAGUAUAUCAAAUAAUCACUUGAAGGGUCCAUUUCCUUCUUCAAUUGGGAAAAUCAGCAAACUCAAUACUCUUGCACUGUCAAAUAACAAGAUUUCUGGGGACUUGCCUGAUUUGAGUAACUUAAGUGGUCUCAAGGUGUUGGAUUUGAGUUGGAAUGAAUUCGACUCUAAACUUCCCAAAUUUCCUGAUGGUUUGUUCAUAACAUUGCUGAAUAAUAACUCCUUCACCGGUGAGAUACCAGAAGAAGUCAAGAAACUGAACCAUUUGCAGCACCUCGAUUUAUCAUUAAACCACCUUCAUGGAAGAUUGCCCACCAUUCUUUUCUCCCUACCAAAGAUUGGAUAUCUGAAUCUGGCAUCAAAUGAGUUGAGUGGAUCUCUACCCCAUCAAUUGGCAUGUGGCAAAAAGCUCGAGUUUGCCGACUUAUCUAAUAACAGAUUAACUGGCGAGAUUCCCAGGUGCCUAAGAAAGAUCACUGCCCAAUUUGAUGGGAACUGCUUGACAGCUGCUGGUGUACAAAACCAGCAUUCACACUCAUAUUGUGCUAAAAUGCACCAAAAGGAAAAGAAUACCUCAGCUAAAAGUAUACUAAUUCUAGUUGGUUUGAUAGGAGGAACUGUUAUAUUAAUGGGACUUCUAGCAUUUGGAUUUGUAUUGAUAUUUAGAAGAUAUUUCCGGAGGGGUUGUCAAGAGAAGAGUUUGUUGCAGAAGCAAGUUGUGGAAAACAAUCUGACUGGGGUCACUUCUGAAAUACUGGCAAACGCGAGAUAUGUAUCUGAAGCAGCAAAAUCUGGUGCACGAGGAAUGCCAGCAUGUCGAAGAUUUUCCAUGGAAGAGCUGAAAGAAGUUACUAACAACUUUGAUAAAUCUGCUCUGAUGGGGGAAGGUUCUAGAGGAAAGAUGUAUCAAGGAACAUUACAGAAUGGAACCUUAGUUGCGAUAAGGUGUUUAUCUCUCCCAAAUAAAUACACCACUCGUAAUCUUAAGCUUCGGCUGGAUCUUUUGGCAAAACUUCGCCACCAAAAUUUGGUUUGCCUUAUGGGACAUUGCAUAGACACUGGGGUGAAGCCUGAUUCUGGUGGUAACAAGGUCUAUCUUAUUUAUGAAUAUGUGCCUAACGGAAAUUUACGCUCCCAUCUCUCUGAUUUUGGUAAGGUACGAGCACUCAAAUGGUCCGAGAGAUUGGUAAUUCUCAUUGAUAUUGCGAAAGCUGUGCAGUUCCUUCACACAGGAAUCAUUCCUGGUUUCUUCAACAACCGAUUGAAAACCAGUAACAUCUUGCUUGAUGAGCAUCGAAGAGCAAAGCUAAGUGAUUAUGGACUGUCAAUCAUCUAUGACGAUGAUGAAUUCGGGGAAAAAGGAGCUAAUGCCAAAUCAUGGCAAAUGAAACUUCUUGAAGACGACAUUUACUGCUUCGGAUUUAUACUACUAGAGUCCCUCAUUGGUCCCUCGGUGUCCGCCAAGAAGAAGGCAGUUCUGCUUAAGGAAAUGGCAUCAUUUGCAAGUGAAGAAGGUCAGAGAAGAAUCUUGGACCCUAUUGUAUUGUCAACUUCCACAAAAGAAUCGUUGUUGACAGUCAUCUCAAUAACCAACAAAUGCGUUUCUUCCGAGUCAUCAACACGUCCUUCAUUCGAGGAUGUGCUGUGGAAUCUACAGUAUGCAGCUCAGGUCCAAGCAACGGCAGAUGGUGACCAAAAGUUUGGCUCUCCGGCACAUUCAUGAUUCAUGAGUUUCUUCCGAGUCAUCAACACGAUCCUUCAUUCGAGGAUGUGCUGUGGAAUCUACAGUAUGCAGCUCAGGUCCAAGCAACGGCAGAUGGUGACCAAAAGUUUGGCUCUCCGGCACAUUCAUGAUUCAUAAGUGUCGUCUUGUAUGCUUGUGUAAACUUCAGUAACUCAUGUUUCGACAUCAACUACACAAAUCUAAAGCAGAACAAAGAAUAUAUUGUUGUUUAUUCUAUCUAAAUGUGUGGGAUAUUGAGAUGUAAGACUGCAACAAUUAUUCUCUGUAAAUGUGUCGAAAAUCAGACACUUUUUCA